UCCACAGCUUCGGUCAUUUUAUCAGCCAUUGCUUCUUUUGCCUCACAGGCAGCAUCCAUAGCGGAUGUCACUUUGGUGGAAACCAGCUGCUUGGUGUCCGAGAUGACCUGGAACAGGGAGAGGCAGAAAAAGUUCUAUCAAGCAAGAGAUCAAGUCAUGGCUUCCCCAGGAAAAGCUUUUGUCUUACCUUAUCUGCUGGCUGUUGAAGAAAAGGCAAGUUCUCCUCCAGCUGGUCCAGUCCUUUGCAGGCGUAUUCAUUUACGAGUGCAACUAGAGAAGACAACAGUAACAGUGUCAUGUCCAUGAAACUCAAUGGGUUCCUGGAGUGGCUGCGUGGAAGACUCAGUGCCGUAACUAACUGGAGCAAUGUUCUAUAGGAGAUCUCAAAAACUGGUUUGAAACCAUCAAUUAAGCUUCCUGUUGUCUGUUUUUAAGAUCAGUGGGGGAGGAAACUGAGGCACAGGAAGCAAGCAAUUACUCCCGUUUUUUUCUGGAUGUUGGCCUGCACACAGACAGCGGCCGUCAAGAGCCAGUGAUGAAAUUGUCAUUCAGGGUGUGAAGUGCCAGAGCAAGCCAGCACCGUUGUGGUGGUGAUGGUGAAACUCUUUUUGAGGACCGGCGCCAUGUGGAUCCAAGUGAGAACGAUGGACGGGAAGGAGACGCGCCGCGUGGAUUCGCUCUCUAAGCUCACUAAAGUGGAGGGGCUGCGCCUCAGGAUACACGAGGUGUUCGGCGUGGAGCCCGGCCGGCAGCGCCUCUUCUACCGCGGCAAGCAGAUGGAAGAUGGUCACUCCCUCUUUGAUUACAGCGUUGGACUGAACGACAUCGUUCAGCUCCUGGUCAGACAAAGCCCAGCAGUGCUUCCUGCUGUUAGCAAGGAAAAGGAUCCGGAGCUCUCGGACACGGACUCUGGCUGUGGCUCAGGCCAAAGCGAAUCUGACAAAAGCUCCCACAAUGAGGAAGGAGCCGUGGAGCUGGCGGGGCAGCCGAGCACCGCGGAGCAGCCCGACUGGACGGACCCAGGCUUUGGCCUCUACAAGAUCAAUGACUUGGUCGAUGCUCGAGAUAUGAACAUGGGAGCGUGGUUUGAAGGCAAGGUUGUAAAUGUAACCAGAAGAAAAUCUGCCAGUGCAUCAGCGAACAGUGGCACAGAUCCCGAUGAGCUGACAGGCGUUCCUGAAGAAGAUGUGAUCUAUCACGUGAAAUACGAAGAUUACCCAGAGCAUGGAGUGGUAGAGCUGAGUUCGAAUGAUGUACGGGCUCGCGCACGGACUAUUUUGAAGUGGCACGAGCUGGAAGUAGGACAGGUGGUGAUGGUCAACUAUAAUCCUGAUGAUCCGAAAGAGAGGGGGUUUUGGUACGAUGCGGAGAUUCUGGAAAAAAGGGAAAUGAAAAAGAACAAGGAGAUAAAUGCAAAGAUCUUACUUGGGGAGGCUGGUGAUUCCCUCAAUGACUGCACAAUUACGUUAGUGGAUGAGAUUUAUAAAAUCGAAGAACCAGGCAGUGCCUCUCCAUUUAGCACCGGUCCAUUAAAACGACAAAAUGGACCCGUGUGUAAAGCUUGUAAGGACAACCCAAACAAGACCUGCAGAGUUUGUGCGUGCUACAUCUGUGGAGGUAAACAAGACCCAGACAAACAGCUGAUGUGUGAUGAGUGUGACAUGGCUUUCCACAUCUACUGUCUCAGCCCUCCCCUGAGCGCUAUCCCGGAUGAUGAGGACUGGUAUUGUCCUGAAUGUCGGAACGAUGCAAGUGAGGUGGUUUUAGCAGGAGAGAAGUUAAAAGAAAGUAAAAAGAAGCAAAAGAUGGCAUCUGCGAAUUCGUCCUCGCGGAGAGACUGGGGCAAGGGCAUGGCGUGUGUGGGUCGCACAAAGCAAUGCACCAUUGUCCCCUCGAACCACUACGGACCAAUUCCUGGGAUUCCGGUUGGCACCAUGUGGAAGUUCAGAGUUCAGGUGAGCGAAUCCGGCGUGCACAGGCCGCAUGUAGCAGGCAUACACGGCAGGAGCAAUGACGGUGCCUAUUCCUUGGUCCUGUCUGGAGGCUAUGAGGAUGACAUCGAUCACGGGAAUUCCUUCACGUAUACAGGGAGCGGAGGCCGUGAUCUUUCUGGGAACAAACGCACAGCGGAACAGUCGUGUGAUCAGAAACUCACCAACAUGAACAGAGCUCUGGCUCUGAACUGCAGUGCCCCCAUCAAUGACAAAAAUGGAGCCGAGGCCAAGGACUGGAGGGCUGGGAAGCCGGUCCGAGUGGUGCGGAAUGUCAAAGGAGGCAAGCACAGCAAAUAUGCUCCUGGAGAAGGGAACAGAUACGAUGGGAUCUAUAAGGUUGUAAAAUACUGGCCUGAGAAAGGGAAAUCUGGAUUUUUAGUGUGGCGCUACUUACUUAGGAGGGAUGAUGAAGAGCCUGCUCCUUGGACCAAAGAAGGAAAGGACAGGAUGAAAAAGCUAGGCCUAACGAUGCAGUAUCCUGAAGGGUAUUUGGAAGCUAUGGCAAACAAAGACAAGGAAAAAGAAAAUGAUGGAGAUGAAUUUGAUACCCCAGGAAAAGGGAAGAGGAAAAGGAAAUCAGCAGGUGGGGAGGAAAAACUCAUUAGCUCUCCUACAGGGACUCCAAAGAAAACUAAAGUUGAGCCAUACAAGCUGACUUCUCAGCAAAAAUCUCUUAUAAAAAGUGAUGAAGCCAAUGAAAAACUAUGGAAUGAAGUACUAGAAGCUCUCAAAGAUGGACCGAAAUUUCUCAGUAAAGUGGAAGAGGCCUUCCUGUGCAUCUGCUGCCAGGAGGUGGUCUUCCGGCCAGUCACAACCGUCUGCCAGCACAACGUCUGCAAGGACUGCCUGGACAGGUCCUUCCGAGCCGAUGUGUACAGCUGCCCCGCCUGCCGCUACGACCUCGGCAAGAACUACACCAUGCAAGUGAACAAAACACUGCAGACCAUCCUCACCCAGCUCUUCCCUGGAUACGGCAAUGGACGGUGACUCCGUAAAGCACUUCUAAUUUUCUUUUGUUCAAACUUAAUGGGUUUUCAAUGGGCUUAAUUUAAAAAAAAAAAAAAAGUAGUCUGUGUUCUCUCAGACCCCUAAAAAGUUUAAAGUCUUCCUUGUUUUUAAAAAACUAUAAACUUCAAGGAAUAUCCUUUUGUAUGUUUGUGGGUUUUGUUUUUAUUCUAAAUGUUGAACUCUGCAUCUGUGUCCCCCCCCGCCCCAAACUGCCAUUCAUCAGCACAAGAUUAUACUCAUCAGCACAAGAUUCUAUUUUAACGGACUUAGAGAUGCUCCUGGUAAGGCUGCUAACGUUUCCAAAUGUUCUCAGAGUGCCCUUUGGCCUCUGCUUUUUUCUAUAAAUUGUUUUUUUUCUUAUAAAAAAAAAUGGCUUGGUUGCUAGAACAAUCUUCACUGCUUGGGGAUUUGGCCAUAAAGGCGGAGUUGAGCAUCACCUUGGCAGCAUUUUGAUGCUCUGUUUGUCCAAGAUGGUUCCUGGCUUAUGAUCUUUUCAUCACAAAUGAGUAUUUGCUAAUUUUUUUGAAAGAACUGUUUUUUUUAUACAUUUGACAAACCUAUCAGAAGCCAUUUCCUGCUCAUUUUGUAUAUCGAAAAACUCAAGCUGCUUGCGUAUCGCCGAGCGGUUGGAGCAAUAUGAAGUACUACCUCAGUUGGACUUCUUCCGUGCGGGGAACUGUUUGAUCGGCCAGGUGCUGUCUCCAAUCCAGAUGUGCCAUUGGGAAUAUCCUAAAGCCAUUCCUAAGUGCCUUUUGUCCUUUUCCGAAAGACUGGGCUCGGAAUCACCAUCUCUGUCCUUUUUAGAAGCACUGAAUUGUUUAAACAUGCCAGCCGGAGUUCAUUCCUUGGGUCACCCAGAACGCUGUAGCUGCAUGCAAUUAGUGUGGAUUUGCAGGCUGCCAGGUUUCCUCUAAUGCCGGGUAUAUAACGGUAACGUGAUUUCUAUUCCUUGUUUUGCUGCCUUUCUGCCUGGAAAUGGAGAAUAACUAAUUCUGACUGGUUUAGGGCUUUUUUUGUUGUACGUGACAGCGAGAGGUUUCUGUGAAGGGGCGGUUGUCCUCUACCAUGGCCAAAGUUUGCGGUCCCAUACCUCAGCCAGACAAGGAUGGUUUUAAUCACACUUCACUGCAGACAGACUGGAACAAAUGUGCUUAUUUUUGGUUUACUU